AUGACAUGCGACCUGCAACAUGCAACAAGCAACAUGCGGCGAUGCGCAUCUAUGAUUCCAGAAAUGUUUCUAGGCGCAAGGGGGGAAGACAGAGAUGGUUCACCAACCAUGCAACACGACCGCGAUUCCAUAUCGUCUUCCAAAGCACAGCACCAGACGGGGCCGGGCCAAUUGGAUCCCGAUGAUUUUUUUCCUUUUCGUACAACCAUCCACCCAUGCCCGUCCCAUCCCAUCCCAUCCCAUCGCGCAUCAGCCCUGCUGCACCUCAUCAACCCAAAGUAUGGGGACAGGUCGGCAUUGUCCAUUUUGAGAGAUGUUUCGAUUGGGAAGGAUGCUGAAGAUGACUCUUUUGACCGAUACCCUGUUCCCCCGUCACCCUUACCUCAGGGCUCCCGUCACCACCUCAGUCUCCAUCGUAGCCAGCCCCCCCUCCACUUGUACACACAUCUCUCUCUCCCUCUCCCUCGUUGCCCUGUCUAG